AGUUCCUUCAUCCCAUGGCAAUGCGUCGUUUCGAAACGAAUGCCUAUCAACCGUAAAACCUCUUGUUCAUGAUUCUUCGCUUCCUACCAGUAAGAAAAAAAGAGCCCUACAGUUGCCUACACAAUAGCAUGUCCAGUGAUUUCAACGAAAGCCACCUGAAGAAAAACUGUGCGGCAAAAACUUCGUCCACAAGGUAUCAUCGACUUCUACCCUUCGAAAAAAGUCGUUGCGUUACAUUUCAGAUUCAMCACCACCAGCAUCCACAGUAGGGACCACAUCUUCAACAAAAAAGUUUCCGACGACUGGCAAAUGGGGUGCAUUUCCAGAAGCACCAAUUCGAGCUCCUGACAAAAAACAAGCCAAGCCGACCACGAUCAACUGCAUAAGAGAAGAUAUAGAGCUUCCGUUCCCAUUUCCUUUUCCCGAAAUACUUCCAGAAGACGAUCUACCACCUUGCUUAUUUUCUAAUGCGGAUCUCGCUGCCAUUUCUCGGUUGUAGUCUCGUUUCGUCUGCUCAAGAGUAUUGCUGAGAAUAUCUCUCUCCGCUGUCAAAUUUACGCUGAAGGAGACUAGCUCAUCGUACUUGCGCCUCAAAUUAGAAAGUUCUGAAGAUAUUUGGUCCGCCGACAUAUCCGUCAAGUUUGAAUGUGGUGUUGAUUCCAACGUAGGUGGACCCGAAGGAACAUUUGCAGCGGAAGCGCCGGAUGCUGAAGAAUCGACAACGUGACGAACAUGUAAUUUUUUGUUCUGCAAAGUAGAAGAAGAUCCACUACUUGUGACAGAAUUCCACAUGGAGGUGAGAGCAUCGUACAAUUCUGUUUGGCUCCCUGAUUUCUUGGCAGCAAAGGAAUUGUCGACUGUGCAGGACUGAACCAGAAAUUUGUCUUUCGAAUGAUCCAAUCCAGAUUGACCCAAACGUUCAUAGGAUUGCAAUAACAUUUGUUUAUCUUUUUCUACCAACAAAAUGGAAAUGGUCUCAGAGGAGCCAGGUGCAAUCAACCCUUGGUUCGGACGCACCAAAUAACGACGGGGUUGCGUUGUUUUCACCUGCGAUCGAAAACGAGGAACGACGCAUCAGCGAAUGAAUCGAAGAAACGUUUUUUCCCUUUGAAAAAUCAUAUAUGCAACACAAUUCAGAUCCUCGAUGUUCAGCACUUACCUUAAACGCAAUGUGCUCGUUCGUGCCCCCACCAUGCCUCAAAGUCAUCAUGCAUCUCGGCGUGGCUUCAUUGGGAGAAAGAGAAAACACUAGUUCUGAUUCCGGGUCGAUCUGUAGGUUUUGGCUUGCCAUCGUUAAUAUAYGGUGUCGUUGAUA